AAAAAGAGGAGAGGAUGAUGCAAACUUCAAUUUGGUCUCGUUUGCCACUGCCGCCUCUGCCAACCCCUUUCUCUCUCUAGUCUCUUACUGAACAACCCGACAUUUUCUCUGCUAAAACCCUGUAAUUUCUGCGCUCUUUUUUUAGGUCUUCAUUGGUUCUUUAAUCCUGUCACUAAAAAACUGCCAAAUUUGAGAAAGAUGCAGCAACAAUCACCUCAAAUGUUCAACCACCCACCUUCACAACCCACAAUUACUACAGAACAAAUUCAAAAGUAUCUGGAUGAGAACAAGCAGUUGAUUUUGGCAAUUAUGGAAAGUCAAAACUCUGGAAAAAUGAAUGAAUGUGCCCAGUAUCAAGCUCAGCUGCAGAAAAACUUGAUGUACUUGGCUGCAAUUGCUGAUGCUCAGCCACCAGCACCUACAGGACCCUCUCAGCCGCAGAAUUCUCAGAUGCCUAUGCAAUCGACCAUUCCACAAGGCCCUUUUAUGCCGCCUCCUAAACCUGCAAACACCCCACAGCAAACAGGUCCCAGAUUGCCCUUUGCUCUACAGUCGUUUGAUCAGCAGUCACCCCAUAUGCAAAUGCAAUACCAACAGUCCAUGGCAGGCUCCAUGGGUAUGAGAAUGGGUGGGAAUAAUGUUUUACGCCCUUCCAUCCAGACCGGAUAUGGAGCUCCAACACAUUUUAUGGAUGCACGGAACAGACAAGAUGGUUCUGAAGCAAGUCUCGGUGAUGAUCAUGGAAAGUAACCUAGCUAGGUGGUUGCUAAGAGAAUCAAGGAUCUGCAUGGGUGCUUUUGGUGAAACUUUUGCUACCCAAAGAUAAGAAACACUUGUUAGUUUCCUUACCUAGCAGAUUCCAUUGGUUUCAAGUAGGAGAAUUUGGUAUACUUUGCCAAGUUCAAUAGUUUUGCAUAGAAGAGUCUAAAUUGCCUUUUACAUCAGUCAAUUUGUAGGCAGCUAAGCUUGCAUUUAGAGAGAUGAGAUACAUGGCAAUUUACGGCAGUGCUUAAACUAAUAGAAAUAUCUAAAGAAUUAAAGAUGUUUUGUGGUUGGCCUUUUUGUAAGUUACAGCCAGAACUAAUAUUUCAUCUAUGAUAAUAUGCGUAAUGAUGUUAA